AUGUCUAUCAGAAUACUACUCCUCGUUGAGGAAGGUCGUGAAAUCACCAUGCAUCUGGGAGGUUUCGAAGCCGUUGUUGUCUACUGUAUCUUGCUUUUCAUCGCGCAACGCUGGGUCAAAACCAUAGAUUAUCAAGAGGGUUGUGUCGUUCACAAUGUCUGGCUCUACGGGCCCCAAGAAAGAACCCGCCAUCGUAUCCCUACCGCAAGGAUGCUUCAUAUUGGUCCUCGAUUCUAA